UUGGUCUGAAGGUCCCCAAGGUUGGUCUGAAGGUCCCCAGGGUUGGUCUGAAGGUCCCCAAGGUUGGUCUGAAGGUCCCCAAGGUUGGUCUGAAGGUCCCUGAAGGUGCUUUGAAGGUCCCCAAGGUUGGUUUGAAGGUCCCCAGGGGUGGUUUAAAGAUCUCCAGGGUUGGUCUGAAGGUCCCCAGGGGUGGUUUAAAGAUCUCCAAGGUUGGUUUGAAGGUCCCCAGGGUUGGUUUGAAGGUCCCCAGGGUUGGUUUAAGGAUCUCCAGGGUUGGUUUAAAGAUCUCCAGGGUUGGUUUAAAGAUCUCCAGGGUUGGUUUGAAAGUCCCCAAGAUGGGUCUGAAGGUCCCCAAAGUUGGUCUGAAGGUCCCCAAAGGUGAGUUCAGGGUCCCCAAAGUUGGUCUGAAGGUCCCCAAGGUUGGUCCAAAGGCCCCCAAGGUUGCUCUGAAGGUCCCCAAAGUUGGUCUGAAGGUCCCCAAAGGUGAGUUCAGGGUCCCCAAAGUUGGUCUGAAGGUCCCCGAGGUUGCUCUGAAGGUCCCCAAAGGUGCUUUCAACGCUCUUCAAAGCUCCCAACCCACCGCUGACCCCCCUUCCCCCCCCUCCCCAGGCCAAAGCGGCGCCGGCAACAACUGGGCCAAGGGCCACUACACGGAGGGGGCGGAGCUGGUGGACUCGGUGCUGGACGUGGUGCGCAAGGAGGCCGAGAGCUGCGACUGCCUGCAGGGCUUCCAGCUCACCCACUCGCUGGGCGGCGGCACCGGCUCGGGCAUGGGCACCCUGCUGAUCUCCAAGAUCCGCGAGGAGUACCCCGACCGCAUCAUGAACACCUUCUCGGUGGUGCCGUCGCCCAAGGUGUCGGACACGGUGGUGGAGCCCUACAACGCCACGCUGUCGGUGCACCAGCUGGUGGAGAACACGGACGAGACGUACUGCAUCGACAACGAGGCGCUCUACGACAUCUGCUUCCGCACCCUCAAGCUGACCACGCCCACCUACGGCGACCUCAACCACCUGGUGUCGGCCACCAUGAGCGGCGUCACCACCUGCCUGCGCUUCCCCGGGCAGCUCAACGCCGACCUGCGCAAGCUGGCCGUCAACAUGGUGCCCUUCCCGCGCCUGCACUUCUUCAUGCCGGGCUUCGCGCCGCUGACGAGCCGGGGGAGCCAGCAGUACCGCGCCCUCACCGUGCCCGAGCUCACCCAGCAGGUCUUCGACGCCAAGAACAUGAUGGCGGCCUGCGACCCCCGGCACGGCCGCUACCUGACGGUGGCCGCCGUCUUCCGCGGCCGCAUGUCCAUGAAGGAGGUGGACGAGCAGAUGCUCAACGUGCAGAACAAGAACAGCUCCUACUUCGUGGAGUGGAUCCCCAACAACGUGAAGACGGCCGUGUGCGACAUCCCCCCCCGCGGCCUCAAGAUGGCCGUCACCUUCAUCGGCAACUCCACCGCCAUCCAGGAGCUCUUCAAGCGCAUCUCGGAGCAGUUCACGGCCAUGUUCCGCCGCAAGGCCUUCCUGCACUGGUACACGGGCGAGGGCAUGGACGAGAUGGAGUUCACCGAGGCCGAGAGCAACAUGAACGACCUGGUCUCCGAGUACCAGCAGUACCAGGACGCCACGGCCGAGGAGGAGGAGGAUUUCGGCGAGGAGGCCGAAGAGGAGGCCUGAGGAGGGCGGGCGGCGUCGUCACGGAGCCCCUCGUGUGUCGUCCCGGAGAGCCGAGGGCCGCCGAGCCGCCCCCGCGGCCCCCGGCGUCGCCGGCGUCCCCCAGCGUUGUCGUCAUCGUCCUCGGUGGCAGCGGAGAGUCCCCAACCUUCACCAUGGACAUUGGAGAGUCCCUACAGUCAUCGGAGAGUCCCCAUAGUCAUUGGAGAGUCCCCGACCUUCACCAUGGUCAAUGGAGAGUCCUCAACCUUCACCAUGGUCAAUGGAGAGUCCCCGACCUUCA